AUGGGAAAGAAACGCAUCAAAGGCAAAACUGCACAGUCUGAUGAGUCUCCGGAUACGCUGGAGCCUGUGUGCAAGCAUAUUCGUAAAGGACUGGAACAAGGCCAUCUGAAAAAGGCCCUGCUGAAUGUGGAAUGGCAUGUUUGUCAGGACUGCAAAGCAGACAAUAAGACACAAGAGAAAUCUGAGGGAGAGACUGGUGAAAGCCCUUCAAUUUGGUUAUGUCUAAAAUGUGGCCAUAGGGGUUGUGACAGAAAUUCUCAAGAGCAGCAUGCUUUAAAGCACUACACAACGCCAAGAUCAGAUCCCCAUUGUUUGGUUCUCAGCUUGGACAACUGGAGUGUGUGGUGCUACAUAUGCGAUAAUGAAGUUCCAUAUAAUUCCUCAAACCGAUUGGGCCAGACUGUGGAAUAUGUUAGAAAACAAGUUUGUCUUGACUCAGCACAUGCAGUAGAAAAACAAGAAGUGAACAAAGAAUUUGAAAAUAAAAAAGUAGAAAAAGACAGCAAGAAUGAGCAAGAAAAAGAAGUCUCACAUAAAGAAGAGAAUUCUCUUUCAAGUACUAACUCGGAAGUGACUGUGAAAGGACUUAGUAACUUGGGGAAUACAUGUUUUUUUAAUGCAGUGAUGCAGAAUUUAUCACAAACUCCCAUCCUGAGAGAGCUGCUUAAAGAAGCUAAAAUGCCUGACACAACGAUUAAAAUUGAGUCACCUGAGUUAUCCAUGGAACCUCAGCUGAUAAAACUAGAUCAACCAGGUCCUUUGACAUUAGCUAUGUACCAGUUCCUGACAGAAAUGCAAGAGACAAAAAAAGGGGUAGUCACUCCUAAGGAACUUUUUGCUCAGGUUUGUAAAAAAGCAAUACGCUUUAAAGGUUACCAGCAACAAGACAGCCACGAAUUGCUUCGUUACUUACUUGAUGGAAUGAGAGCAGAAGAAAUCCAACAAGUAAGUGUUGGAAUACUGAAGGCAUUGACUGACUCUAACAAACAAAAUGAAGAAGAACUUAAAAAGAAAAUUAAAGAAUAUGAAAAGAAAAAGGGAAUACAGAGUUUUGUAGAUCGAAUCUUUGGUGGAGAAUUAACCAGUACGAUUAUGUGUGAGGAAUGCAGAACCGUAUCCUUGGUCCAUGAGUCUUUCCUUGAUUUGUCACUUCCCGUACUAGAUGAUCAGAAAGCAAAAAUUACAAAUGAGAGAAACAUAAAAAAAGCCAAAGAAAAGGAAUCUGAAGAUGAAGAGGACAAAAACGACUGUUAUCUUAAGCAGAGAGAUGAGCCCCCUGGUGCAAGUAAGCACCUUCAGAAAAAAGCAAAGAAACAGGCCAAGAAACAAGCCAAGAGCCAGCGUCGCCAGCAAAAACUUCAAGGAAAGGUGCUUCACUUGACGGAUAUUUGCGCAACUGAGCAGUCAGAAAAAAACGUCGAGUAUGACCAAGAAUCAGAGGCAGAAGUUAAUUCUGAAACUCGUGAUGUGAAGCAAGAAGAGGAAUUGUCAAAUGAUUGCAAAGAUCACUGCCUACCUCAAAAAGACUUGAGCAUACAGGGAAGUAAUAGAGAAUCAGUUCAAAGCUUACAUGAAAAUACAGGAGAUCCAGAACAAGAGUGUGUAGAAAGUGAGUCUCUUGUGGAUCUUCCUAUGGAAGGCUUAGAUUCUCCUAUGAAGCUUGUCAAUGGCCUUGACAACCUAUCUUUGAAAGUUGAGGAUGAUGAAAAUGAAGAUGAGGAAGAGCUCGCUACUGACUUUUCAAAAUUACACUUGCAUCCCAACUCUGAAUCCGAUAUGAGUACUUUAGAUGAUGUUCAAACUGUUCCUGUCAAGACAUGUGAAGUAUCAACUGAAGAUCCAGAAACAGCGUUUUGUACUCUUGCAAACAGGGAAGAUUUGGACUUGGAAGAAGGUUCCAUCCAUCACUGUUUGUAUCAAUUUACCCGUAAUGAAAAACUUACUGAGACCAAUAAACUACUCUGUGAUGUAUGUACACAAAGACAUUAUGGACCAAAGCUUUUCAGAAGAGACAGACGAG